CACUUUGUUGAAUUUUGUAUUCAUGAAAGCUGUGCGCCAUAUCGUUCUAAACAAAACCUGACAAUUUGACGUAAAUUUUUCAAGGAAUAAUUGACUAUUUUGUUGUAAAAAAGUUUACAAGAGAAGAAAUUUUGAUUUUAUAUGUGGAUUAUCAAUUUUUUUUGAAAUGUGAAAUGAUUUUUGUAUUAAACGAGUUCAAUGAAAAAUUAAAAUUUAUUCAUUGAACCGUCUUCAAACGUUGAGUUUAUAAUUUGGAUAUUAAAUAUUGGAUUUGGAUAUAAAAAAAACAACAACAAUGGCUUCACUUAAAGUAGAACCUUCAACAUUGUUAAACGUUAUGUUGACAAUAGAAAAAAAAGAAGAUGAAAUUAUUUUCGAGCAGGAUAACAUUGAAGAUAAUGUAAAUGAUAAUACGGAAGAUAACAUUGAAGAUCAGGCCGAAGAUAAUGCUAAAAUACUUACUGAAACUAAAAUAAAGAAUAAAAAAACGCCGACAAAAAGAAAGAAACCAAAAAAUACAUUAAAAAAUGUAAAAAAAUCGAAGGCAAUCGAGGAAUCUGAUUACGAUCCAACAAAAUUAGAAGAUAGUUCUGAUCAAGUUUUAAAUCGUUUUAAACGUGGCUGUGAAUGUCAAGAUGAAAGUUGUUUCAAAGGUUUAAAUUCUGAAUCAGUUUAUCGUCACAGAUUAAAUAUUGCAGAACUGACAAAAGCAGAACAUGACAUGUAUUUAAUGGGAGUAACAAUGGCUUGUCUCACAAAUCCUUAUGAAACAGCAAGACAUACAGAGAGACGAAGACUUCGUGCUCAAUAUGUAUAUCAAGGUCGAAAAGUUUGUUUAGAUGCAUUUCUCUAUUUAGAAAAUUGCACUCAUUAUCAAAUAAAAAGAAUUAGAAAACAUUUAAUGAUACAUGGUGUGACACCGAGAGUUCAUGGGAAUUAUGGAAAAGUUCCUCACAAUACUUUCUCCUUGGAUAUUUAUAAAAAUGCCACAGCAUUUUUAAAAGACUUUGUCAAGAAACAAGAGGAAUUACAAAAAACAAAAAUUGCCAAAAAUUCACCUCUACAUCUUUCUGCUGAUAUAACACGUAAGGCUGUUCACGAUUUGUACAAGGAAUAUUGUAAUAAUAUGUCACCAAGUAUAAAAGCACUUGGUUAUUCAACUUUUCGAAGAUUUAUGAAUGAACAAUUUUCGCAAAUAAAAUUUGCCAAACAAGAAUUUGUGAUUAGAGUGCAAGCUACUGGAAAAAAUGAAUCAGAAAAAAAUGAUGUUAACAAUCAUCAAUUAACAUCAAGUAGUGAACAAGUUAAUGUGGGAAAUGAAAAUUUAAUGCAACUUGUCAUGGCUAGCGAGGCGGUUAAUAAAGAUAAUACAUAUAUUCUGCAUCAGUUGUAGAAUAAAGAAAAAAAAAAAAAGAGACACAAGACUCUCGAUUAAAUAUUAAAUCAACGGGCACAAUUUCCAUAAAUAUUGUACUAUGAGGAAAUUAUUCACGAAAUAAAGA